AGAUACUCUAACAAGGUAAAACAUUUACAACCAUGAAUGUAGCACUAAAGGUUAAAAGACGGAUUCAGAAUUUAAUAUUUAUAGAUUCUGAAUUACGACCAAUCAUCUUUAUUUUAGUUUGAAGAGUCAGACUCUAGAAAAAUAGCAUCUCAUAAGUUUUUUAAAUAAAAACAUAAAAAUUAGUAUUGAUAAAGGAAAAAAACCUCAUUCUGCUGGAAUGAGUAUUACUUUUUUUGCUUAUUGAGUUGUAGAUAAAUUAUUUAUACAUCAAGCAACUUUCUUUUUAUGAAUAUCUAUAUAUCGAGUUAAAAUUAUUGAGUUUGGUUAAAUCCCGUUACUCGUGGAGUAUAUGUGAGCCCAUUCUUUUAGAUUCUUGGUACCCCACAACCCUGUCUCUCACACAUCACUUCCCACCACUUGUAUUAUUGAUGAUCUUUUGUCCCUUUUUUCUGCUCACUCUUUUUCUUCUCAGUUUCCCAAUAAAUUCAUUUUUGAAUAUUAGGUUUGAAUUAAAAGUUUGAAUUUUUAUUUUACUUAUUAUUAGUUUAUUGGAUAUAUCAACUCUUUUAUAUUUGCAAGUUUGCUCUGUUCUAUUUUUUUUUAUUUUUUGUGUUAUUUUCAAGAAUCAAAAUACUAUAGUCUAAACAUGGGAAAUGAGAAUCCAUUUUGUGGAGCAAAUGGUUCUCAAGAAGGUUCAAAUUAUGAUGAAAUCUUCAUGCAGCAUAGCUUGCAAUUUUCUGAUAGUUUAAAGGACUUGAAGAAUUUAAGGAAACAGUUGUAUUCUGCUGCUGAAUACUUUGAGUCAUCUUAUGGAGAAAAUGAACACAAAACAUUAGUGAUAGAGACUUUGAAAGAUUAUGUGAGUAAAGCUCUAGUUAGUAGUGUGGAUCAUUUGGGCUCUGUGGCUUGUAAACUAAAUACUUUCUUGGAUGAAAAAGUUGAUGAGUUUUCUACAACCAAGCUUCGAUUUUCGUGUAUGGAACAGAAAUUGCAAACAUGCCAAGAAAUUGUUGGUCGAAGUGGCCUUUUGCAACAAUCUUUGAUAAUUGUGACUCCAAAGCAACAUAAGCGUUACGUAAAUACAGCUGCAGAGACACAACCUGCAGUUCCAAAACCAAGACAAAGAAAUAGUGAACAAAACUUGUGUCCUCAAGAGGAGUUGCAGCAAGGUGAUUGUUUUCCUCAUCCUUUUCAAGCUCUACCAUCAAAGCCUCAUCCAUCUAUUCCAAAGUACAUGAAAAAACAUUCCAAGAAUUCAUGGACAGAUGCUUCUCCAAAUCCUCCUAAGUUCUCAUUUACAAGGGUUCCAUCCAACAAAGAAGUUGGGAAAAGAUCAAUUUCACCACUUAAAUUUGGUGUCAAGCGUUCUGGAUCAGUUAAUAGAUCAGUUUCUCCUCUCACUCGUUUUGGAUCCGCUGUAACCAGAUCAAUUUCACCCAGCACUUCCAGUAUUAAACAGAGGUGUCCAUCUGAGCCACGGAGAGCGAUGUCAAUGUCCAUAAACCCGGAAAGAAACAGUGCAAAAGAUAUGCAAGAAUACGCCAGAAAGAGUAAGAAUUUACUUACAGCAUUUCUUGGUCGUCAUGGUCAUGGUCAGGGAUCAAGAAAGGCAGGUAUACCUUCAAAAUACCACGAUGAUAGAAUAUGAAACCAGUAAAUAUAGAUAUCGUCAUGUUUUUCCGAGCUAAAAAGGCAGUGAUUGAUGGUAUCGUCUACGUAUAAAAAGUAGAACAGAUUACAAGUAUAUGGGAACCUAGCUUACUGCAUGAGCCAAAGAUAUGAAAAUGCAGGGCAGAAGAAAGUUCAAAAGCUCUGUAAAAUGUAAAACUACUAUCUGUUAUUGAAAGUUCAUUGCUUUUCAUCUUGUGACCA